GUUCCGUGAACAGAACGCCCACAGUGAAGAAAGUAAUUUUCACAGCUUCCACAUCAGCUCUUUGUUCGGACCCGAGCGAGUACGGACAAGGACAUGUCCUCUCCGAGAAGGAUUGGAACAAGACGGCUUCUGAAACGUAUUUUCCAUAUUACUACAGCAAGACUGUCUCCGAGCUCAAGGCAUUCGAAAUGUGCGGGAGCCAGAAGCGGUGGAAGUUGUGCACGCUGUUGCCAUGUAUCGUCAUUGGGCCGCCACUUUCGAGACACACUAAGAGCGAGUCUCUGACCACAUUCAAGAAGCUAUUGCUGGGGAAGAUGUUUCCUAUGGUGCCAGACUUCACCUUCUACCACGUGGAUGUCAGGGACGUCGCCGCUGCGCACUGCAUAGCAAUGUCAAAGGAAGAAGUGGAGGGCAGGUGCGAUCGGCCUUUUGAGGUGCUGCAUGACGCACUUGCAGCUGACCACUUGCUGCUGAUUGCCGUUGCGCUUCGUGGGGGCGAAUAG